GUUCAUUCAGCCUAUCCACUGGUAUUUUUUUUCUCCGUGUUCUCCAGAAAGGUAGCGUUUUGCUUUUCUUACCUUUGGAGGAUUGGUGAAUAGUCGAUUUUGUUUUUUUCCCCAAGCUUCUAUCGCAAAGUAAAGGUAGUUUAGCCAGUGCUAUGGUUUGCGAGCCGAGUAAAUAGCAAAACUGGGGGGGGGAAAGUAUAAUAUUUAAUGAAAAAAACUCCAUUUUUCCCGGUCUUCUGCUUCUGUACUAGUUAUUUUCGGCUGUUAGAUCAGGGAUGGGAGUUUAAGGGAGUAGAGUUCUUAACAAGUCAAAUGCGGGUCUUUCUUGACUCCGGAUUAGUAGGAUAUUGGUCGGCGGGUAUGAGGUAAAAAGUUUUGAUGACUGACAGUUCGUCAGGAACCCAUGUGCUACUGUGUAAAGCAAUGUGGGAAAUGACCUUUCUCGGUGGAUUCGUGGUGACCAAUCAAAUAAAGUUUAAUUUUUUUUUUCGCCCCCUCGGAAAAUUGACUUGCUUUUUCAGAAUCUAAAUAGUCCUUUGCAAUUUGCUUCAAGUUACGAGUAUAUGUAUGGCAUCCAGACUUAGAAGAGUGGUGCAUUAUUUAUGGAGACUCCGGGUGGAAGGGAGAACAGCACAUUUUGGGUUAAGUAAAGAAUAUCAUGAUUGCUCCUGAAUGCAUGUUGGUCACGUCUUUUGUCUUGAAGUGUAGAUAGGUUACCAUGUUGAAGAACAGGAGUCUUCGGUGGUACUAAGCUAGAGUGGUAGGCUGAUAAAACGGGUACUUUGGAUUGUUGGAUAGAAUAAAUUCUGUAAAGGAGAGAAUAAAAUCAUUAAAGGUUGUUGUUUAUGUCGGAGUAGUAAUCCACAUGUGUGAUUCAUGGCAAAAGUUUAGUCAAUUAUGACGGCUAGGUGCUCCUUAAUCUGGGGAUUUUGGGCUGUUCUGACCUCCUUGUAGAGCUGCAAAAAGUUUCAGUUGCAGAUUGUUUCAUCUAAACUUGGUCUGCUUUCCAUAAUUCUAAGAGGAUAGUUAUUCAGAGUUGUCUUUCCUGUAAAUAGUCCCUCUUGGAUGGAUUGGACUUCAGUGGCUCCUUUGCCGUGGGACUACAGUUGCUUGCCUCUUGUCAGUGGAAAAGAAGAUGAGAAUCUAAAACCUAUCCAACAACUUGACCGAGUCUAUGAUCCCCAUUGGACUACCAGUUACUGGAAUGACAAUGGAUCAGUAUAUUCAUCCAGCAAUACUGAAUUUUCUGGUUCAGAAAUAGGUAAAUUUCAACCAAAAAGCUUCUUGCAAGUAUCUAUUGGUCUACCGUCCAAGGCAGGAACCAUAACACCGCAAUCAACCUUAGAUUUAGUGAAACAACCUCCUGAGAGCUUGAAGGAGAAUAAAGACGUGGACAGGGUGGACGCCAGCAUUCUUCAUAGGGUAGUGGUUCCAUGUAGUAGUAAGAAACCUCUUAUUAGUCCUAAGAUCUGCAAGGGGACGUAUUUGGAAGGUAUGUCUGAAGAAAGCAACAUAGAUUCUUCUUAUUUGGUGUCCAUGAACCUGUCCAAUGGUUUGGUUAAAAAAGUAAAGGUAUCACAGCAGAACAUAAAGAAUUCAUAUUGCCAAGUUGAUGGUUGUAAUGCAAAUCUCAGCAGUUGCAAAGACUAUCACAGGAAGCAUAGAGUCUGUGGAAGCCAUUCCAAGGCUCCCAAGGUUAUUAUUGAUGGGCAGAUCUGCAGGUUCUGUCAACAAUGUAGCAGGUUUCAUAAUCUAUCCGAGUUUGAUCAGAAUAAACGAAGCUGCCGAAGACGCUUAAUUGAACAUAAUGCUCGACGACGCAGACAAUUUCCAAAGACAAUUUCAUUUGGUUCGGCCACAUUUUCUUCAUCAAGUUAUGAUGAUAGCUGGCAAACAAGUUCCAUUGUUGGUCAACUUUCUUUUGGUCAGGUGACAGAUAUGGACUGUCACAGAUGGGCUGACUUAAGUGGUUUUGACCUCAGUCCUAACGGAUGGGUAACUUCAAGUAGAUUAGGAGGCGCUAAUGGACAGCUACAUUUUCCCAACGCUGGAGUAUCAAAAAACAUGUUAACUGUUCACCAUGAUUUCAAUAAGUUAUUGCCUUUCAAUGACAUGAACGCUGAGUCAUUCAAUAAAGAAAAAUCCCCCAGAACACUAUUGUUCCUUCAAGCAUCCAGCACCAGCUGCAGCACAGAUCCAGUAGCACCUGCUUGUGCUUAUAAAUUCAAUGGAGCACCGAAUCCACCGAAUCCUUGUGUUCUCUCUCUUCUGUCAACUGAAUCUUGUUUUCCACACAAGGCACAAUCGAAUUUCGAGUUUGUGAAUCCAAUCAGUUUUGUAUCAACUCAGACUAAAGAAACAGGCGGCAUCUGGCAAGAACAGCAGCCACCGAUCAGACUUGACAUGCAAAACAAUCUAAGCUAACUCUGGGACUUCCAAUUACACAGGACGCCCAAGGAGUCCUUCGACUUCAAUCGGAUGUUAUGAGCACUUUAAGGAGAGCCAAUCUGAAUGUUUUCUUGUAGAUUGAGUGUAUUGUACUGUACGUAGUCGUAGUUUCCACUUUAUGGUCCCAUGUACUUGUCGUUUUGAAGAAUCCUAGGUACUGGAAAUUUUAACUUCAAAUGAUCGCCCAUUCUACCUUUUCAGAUAUCAUCACCGGCUGCAGAAUGGGUAAAAGUUUUAUUCGACCGUCUGCGAGAAGCAGUUUUUUUUACUUGUCCUUAGUUUUGAAUCGGGUUGAGCUCAGUCCAUUCCAAGUUGACAGAGUAUCACCUAAUGCACAGUAUAAUGGAUGGUUGUAAUUGUGAACGAAAGGCUAAUGGGUAUGAAAUAUAUUAAAGUUCAACA